AUGAAUCUUUUAUCCAUCAACAUUAACGGAGUUUCCGAUCCUCGCAAAGGUUUUUGUAUUCGGAGUCUUAAGGGGAAAGUUAAAGCCGAUUUUUUAGGGAUUCAGGAGACCCAUUCGGAGAUCUUGUCUGAGUCUGCUUUUCGCCAAUUCUGGGACAAGUCCAAAAUGGAAUUCGCUUUUGUUGAGUCUAUCGGAAGAUCGGGGGGUAUUGUUUCGGUUUGGAAUCCUGAUUUGUUUAGAGCUGAUUGGGUUAUCAGAAAUCAGUGCUUCCUUAUUGUCUCUGGUCAUAUCUCAGGUUUCGAAGGUAAGAUUAAUAUCUUAGACCUUCAUGCUCCAAACGACUCGGCUCAGAGAAAAGCUCUAUGGGGGGGUAUUGCUGGUUUUCUAAACCUGGAAGAAUUUUGGGUGCUUCUGGGCGACUUUAACAAGGUUAGAACGGAAGAGGAACGGUUAAACUCCAUAUUCGAUUACGGUCUUUCGGAAGCUUUUAAUGGUUUUAUCCAUAACUCAGGGCUCCUGGAAUACUCUAUGAUGGGUGGUAAGUUUACUUACAUUUCAGGGCAUGAAGAUGUCAAAUUGAGUAAACUGGAUAGGCUUUUGGUUAAUGAUCGGUUUAUGUCUAAUUGGCCGAAUGCUAUCGUUGAGGUCCACAAAAGAGGUUUUUCGGACCAUUGCCCCAUCUGCCUUUCUUGCUUUGCCCAUGACUUCGGUCCGAUCCCUUUUAAAUUUUUUAAUUCUUGGCUGGGAGAGAAAUGUUUACAUGAUAUUGUUGAGAAGGAUUUUAGGCACACUCUGUCAGUGGAGAGAUGGGAUGCGGCUCUGGUGGGUAUUCUGAAACGUGUCAAAGCUGACAUCAAAAAAUGGAGGGUGGAGAAAAGAAAGUCCGAAAAUAUGAAGAUGGAUGACUUGCUGAUACAAAUCGAAAACAUCGAAAACAAAGCGAUUCUCAGGCCUCUUUCGGCUGAAGAAAAGAAAGCCAGAUGGGGAUGCGGGUCAAAGUGA